AUGCUUCUUUUUCUUUUCACUCAGAGUUCCAUUUCAUCGCUUCUAAUUCUCAUUUCAUGGGCUAUUUCCAUCAUUCAGCUCAACGCUCUUCCGUUCAAUGAAGCUGGAGAGAUAUUGGUAACUGGAAUUCCAGAUGAUGCAGCAGUCUUGCGUCAAAUUCAAGCGAGAAUUGGUACUGUUCCGGAAGUCGAAGAGGACAAAUAUACUUUCUUUAAAAAAAGUUAUCCUCCUCCGAAACCUACCUCAGAUUCCAAUGGACUUUGGCGCAAGUUGAGUAUCAUCAUCCGUCCAUCCGUCGGUGUGGACCGCCAUGCACCAAUCCAUCAAAUCGCAUCCAAUUGGAAGGAUUUGGACAUCAAUAGCAAUUUGAAGCCGUUGGUGAACGUGAUCUUGUUAUGCGGAUCAAAUGCAAAACAGUUCGCCUCCAGGGUGGAACGCUCGUCAACCUCGAUCAGUCCGACUGGAAAAAUUCUCCUGCAAAAAGCGAUCUCCGUUCUGAAUGUUGCAGAUCUCACGCAGUCAGAGCGUGUGUGGGUCCACGGAUUGAUAGAUUCAUUGCAGCUUUACUGUCCUUCGAGGUUGGAUUUAUCGGCCGCGAGCUCUGCUACUCCAUCUUUAUUGAGGGGAGAGCUCGAACAUCUGAGAGUUUCAGGGGCUGCCCUUCGAGACUGGAUUGUCAGGUUAUCGAAAAACCCAAGCUCAGAGGCUCCACCUACUGCCAAGGGAUUUCUGCAUGACCAAAAUCAAUCAGGCGAAAUUCUGGAAUCAUUGGAGCGCGUGCAGCUUCUCAAGGGGAUCAAGGAAAAAAUCAACCAGGGCUCCGUCAAGCAUGACCCCGAAUCAAUUCGCAGGCUAUAUGACGACAUUUUAGCAGACACUAUCGCCCGGCCUCGCGAAGAAUUGAUUCUCGAUAAAGUACGUCCAACAGCCAUAAAACAUCUGGCCAGUCCGGUGACCGGUUGGACGAAAGAAAUAAGUGUAUGGGUCUUGUCACACUUUAUGAAACAUUACAAAGACUUCAAAUCCCACAUGGAAACUGUCAUAGGGAAGGAUAGGAAUCUUCUGUCGAAUUAUAUGGACAUCAAGUUGCGAGAUAUCAUGGAUCAAUUAGAGUCUUCUGGUUUGAAAGAGGAAUCCGAGUGGAUGGAUCUCGCUCGCACAUUUAAGCUUUGGGAUUCGGACCCAGACUUUCGUCGAGAUGUGAUCCAGACUUGGAGUCACUUAUACGACGAGUUGGACCAGAAAAAGGUUCCCUAUCUCAGCUGGGAGCAUAAGAAACUAGGUUCCCUAGAUCAGAAGUCUCUCCUCGAGAUGGGAACCAUAGAGCUAGAAAAAAGCUGGGGAGACACUCAGGGUUUGCAAGUACUGAAAAAACAGCUGUCAGAUUUGAGUUCGGGUGAUAUUCAAGCCAAGGAAAAUCUAUUUUACACAACAACCCAAUAUCUCUCACAGGGAAUCCUAGAGAGAGAUCUGUCAAAGCCUGGACCCAGAGACAACCUGAUUGCAAAGCCACUCGAAAGAUUUUAUGUUGAAGCUUUAGCCUACUUGGUAUCAGGAGAGAGAUCAUUCAAGCAGAAGUUGAGGGACCUAAUGGCAAAGCAAAGUGGGCUAAAACACAGAUUAAUCAACCAGAUGAAGAAGGAAGUGGGUUAUGAUUUUCUCCCAGAAGCUUUCAGAAACAAAAAGUUACUACCCUUUCAUCGAUGGCUCACCCAGGCAAGUGAAGAAUUGUUUUUUUGA